AUGCAACAAGCCACAGCUAAGACCAGUCAACCCCUCCCCAUAGUGUGGAUAAUGGGUGUGCAGCAGCCCGUGCCUGGAAGCCAAGUUGCGAGCCGCAUGGCUGCCGAGGUCCCCGCUGCAUCUCUAAUUAGUGGUGACGACGUGCGCCCAGCCGGCAGCUAUCAGACAUGCAUCAAACACCAAAGAUACGCGCCACCUCAAUUCCAGCUUCCAUCGCGCAUCUUCUUCCAUUGUUACAUUGUGCUGCCCAUUGUUCCAUACCUUCAACAUGGCGGAGGGCAGGUCCCACUUCAGGCGGUCCUUCCGUCAUCGCUUCCUUCGUCAUCCAUAUCUUCAAUAGAUGUACCUGAGUACGCUCCGAUAGCAAUAUAUCCUCCGACCGAAUCACCAAACGCUGCGCAGGACGCUUCCGAAACCCAGACCCUACCCACCAUCGACAUUCCUAUAGCGCAUUCUUCCCCAUCAGAGCCAGCUGCGGAAGCUUCCACGUCUCUCGCUGGCCUCGACAACUCGUUGAACGAGGACGACGUUCAAAUGAAGGGCAGGAAACCCGCCAUCGCCGCUGCGGGCACCUUCUUUGGGUUGUUCUCGUUCUCGCAACUAUACCAAAACGUUCUUUUUGAAAACUUGACCCCCUCGAGCGAACGCGCAGAUGAGGCGGAAUGGGUCGCAUCGUCACGGUCCUGGGUAGACCGGAAGGCUUGUGGUUGGUUCGGUAUGUGUGGCCUGUCGCACCUGAACAAGGCACAAUGGACUACGCAGACAUUCAAGGCCCACAGCCAGAAGACAACGGAGGACAGGGAUGAAGUCAAGUUGAACUUGAAUGACUUUUGGAACGAUGCGCGGAACAUCCCCGCUGAUUACACGCCGGACGACGCACUCGAGGUACCGCAAUAUGUUUUGGACCACGCGCCGCUCAUUCAUCUCUUCUCGGGAGAGGAGUACUGGCCAGGAGACAUGGCAGAACACUUGAUACACACCACACCACAUCUGAAUUACACGCCUCUGCAAGCAUCUAGUGAUCACCCGAACAUCAGCAAUCUUGGAGACCUUAACAAGUGGGGACGAUUUGUAUAUCUCCAGAGCGAUGACAAUGUCGAGGACCGUCCGUCGUGGUUGGGUGCGGACUACAACAUACCCAAUGCGCCAAGUGAUGGAAAUGAUGACGACGACGACGACGAAGACUAUGAUGGCGAUUACCAUAGCGGGCCUCCUGGACACCUUAUAGAGGACAAGGAUGGCAAAAAGUCUAGCUGGUGGCAUGUAGGUGAUGGCGAUACUAGGGACCGAGGCGGUAUCCGGCCAGACCCCACAGCCCCAGGACUUCCAGUCCCUUCGAACACAAAUGAAGGCGAUGAGCUUGUUGAUGACAACGAUGACAAGCAUUGGAGAUCAGAGCUGCGUUACAGUCGCCGCAGCUUCACUGGCAAGAAAGUUGUUGGUGGUAGAAGUGAUGCGCCCGUCCCGUUGGUUGUAGUAGACAAGGGUGAUGGUGUGGUUGACGCUUUCUGGUUCUUCUUCUACAGUUACAACCUUGGAAAUGCUGUGUUCAACAUCCGCUUCGGCAACCACGUUGGUGACUGGGAACACACAGUGGUCAGAUUUCAGCAUGGCGAGCCCAAGGCAGUGUUCUUCAGUGAGCAUAGCUUUGGUGAAGCGUACACAUGGGACGCUGUAGAGAAGAGUGGACAGAGGCCCAUCGGCUUCUCUGCCACCGGUACCCACGCCAUGUACGCGACAGCAGGUGUACAUCCAUACGUCCUGCCCGGUGGCAUUCUGCACGAUGUGACUGACCGUGGUCCUCUCUGGGAUCCCGUCAUGAACAUGUACUCGUACAAGUACGACUAUCGAUCUGACCGACUGGUUGCAUCCAACCUUAACCCGCGCGCACCUACCUCGUGGUUCUAUUUUGCUGGUCACUGGGGCGACAAGUUUUACCCACUUAGCGACCCUCGACAAUACCGCUUUUUGGGCCAGUACCAUUACGUUAACGGACCGCUAGGCCCCCGCUUCAAGAACCUAGGGCGACAAGAAAUUUGUCAAGGCAACGGUGAGUGCGUGCUCAAGGGACGACCCGGAGAGAAAUCACGCAUCACGAAGAGGUGGACUGAUGUCGGCGAAGGUGAGGAGAUGAACGAGGAAGACGCGAAGCGCAUCUUCGGUGCCGAGUAUGAUUCGGCGUCUUGA